CCACGCGGAUGUGAGCUUUCCCGCAAACGGGAUUCCAUCUCCGACCGCUUGGAGAUGCAGGAACUAAUAAUUCUCGUGCCGAAAAGCAGUGCGCGAUAGACACCCCUGCAUUCCGGGUGGCGCCGCUGUCCCGUUCUCCUUGUUGAAGGAUCUUGAACGAUUGUGAGGCAAGCAAGUUUAGUAUCUCGAUUCAGAACGAGUUUCUUAAAUGACCAUGGCUGCCCGCACGAUGAACGAGGUCUGCAGAGUCUUGCUCACAGUCGUUCUUUAACCCCCCUACACUCCUUUCUUGGCUAUUCUGCCUCUGUCUAGCCAUGCGUUUUCUUCAGGCUUCUUGGACCACUUUGGUCCUGUCCAUUCUUUUACGCCAAGCCAUUGCAGAAUCUUACUUUGCUCUCAACUCCGCCUAUGGUCUCUUGCAGAACACUGUUGCCGCCGAGGACCUCGAACUGCCAGUCGGAACUUGCAAUGCAAACACGCCAUGUGUAAACGGCGCUUGCUGCAGUGGCAACGGCAGCGGUCUCUGCGGUUACUCCCCCUCGGAAUGUGGCGCCGCAAACUGCACCUCCAACUGCGAUGCCAAAGCCGAGUGCGGCCAGUACGGCAAGCCUGGUAAACAGACCUGUCCUCUUGGUGUUUGCUGCUCAAAGUUUGGUUUCUGUGGCUCAACCUCUGACUUUUGCGACGCCGGAUGUCAGGAGGGAUUUGGUGGCUGCGGCGACGUCAAGCGGCCCUCCUGCAGCAAGGACGGCGGCAGCAUCAACAAGCGGACCAUCGGCUACUACGAGUCCUGGGCCAACACACGAGCCUGCAGCGCCGUUUCACCCGAGGACCUCAACCUAGAUGGCCUUACUCACAUCAACUUUGCUUUUGUCUUCUUCGAUCCGUCCUCGUUUCGGAUUAUUCCCAUGGACAAGAACGCCGGCACCCUCCUCAACCGUUUCACCAAGCUAAAGGAAAAGAAGGCUGGCCUACAGACUUGGGUCAGUGUUGGUGGUUGGUCUUUUAACGAUCCCGGCCCAUACCAAAAGGCCUUCAGCACCAUGGCCUCGAGCGCGGGAAACAGAAAGAUGUUUAUCGAUGGUCUGAUCAAGUUUAUGGAGCUAGUAGGUUUCAUGACUCUCAAAUUCUCGCAAUCGUCUGACACGGAGCCAGGCGAUCGCGGCGGUACCGCAGAUGACACUGCCAACUUUGUGCUGCUGUGCAAAGACAUCAAGGCCGCGUUCGGGAGUCGUUUUGGCUACUCCAUCACUCUGCCUGCAUCGUACUGGUACCUCCAGAACUUUGACCUCGCUGGCAUGCAGCCAUAUGUUGACUGGUUUAACAUCAUGUCGUAUGACAUCCACGGGGUGUGGGAUGCUGCUUCAAAGUUCGUUGGACCUAUUGUCGCAGCGCACACCAAUCUCACUGAGAUCGACAUGGGUUUGGACCUCCUCUGGCGUGCGGGCCUCAAGCCCGAGAAGGUUGUCCUCGGUCAAGGAUGUAAGCAGCCAGCCAGAUGUUUAUUCUAUUCCCUGGCCUCAUCGGUACAAUGA